UGUUUGUCUUUUUCUAACUUAUUGCACUAGUGCAGUAGUGCAGCUAAAACGAAUAGACCCUAUAUAUGGCUGCUUCCAUUGAUUACGUUGAGUUCGUGUCUGUGCGGAAGCUAUAGAUUAGGGAGAUAUCAUCAUGGAUGAUACGAAAAUAAAAGAAAAUGUACAUAAAGGAAAAUGUGAUGAAGGAGAAGAAAUGGCAAAGAAUGCUGUUUUAGUUCCUAGCACUUCUCUACCAGCUGAUACACCUACGGUAAAAGGUUAUGAUUUUAAUAAAGGACUUGAUUAUCAUGAAUUAUUUAAGAUCAUGACACAUUGUGGAUUUCAAGCUACAAAUUUGGCAUUAGCGAUUGAAGAAGUAAAUAAAAUGCUGCAUCAAAGAAGCGUUCCUCUCACAGAAGAUCAGAUUGAUCAAAUGGAAGAGGAUGAAUUUAUUAAAAGAAAAUCUUAUUGUACAAUAUUUUUGGGUUAUACAUCAAAUAUGGUAUCUAGUGGCAUCAGGGAAGUUAUAAGAUUUCUUGUACAACAUAAAUUGAUAGAUUGCCUCGUUACUACAGCAGGUGGAAUAGAAGAAGAUUUCAUUAAAUGUUUAGCACCUACAUAUGUUGGUAGCUUUUAUUUGGAUGACAGGCAGCUUCGAGAGAAAGGACUUAACAGAACUGGAAAUUUAUUAGUACCAAAUGACAAUUAUUGUUUAUUUGAGGAUUGGGUAAUGCCAAAAUUAGAUGCAAUGUUAGCUGAGCAGAAGGAGAAGGGUACUUUAUGGACUCCAUCCAAGAUGAUAACCAAACUUGGCGAGGAGAUUAAUCAUGAAGAUUCAAUUUAUUAUUGGGCUGCAAAAAAUAAAAUUCCAGUGUUUUGCCCGGCUUUGACCGAUGGUAGUCUUGGUGAUAUGAUGUUUUUUCACUCAUAUAAAAAUCCAGGACUUGUACUCGAUAUAAUUGGAGAUCUCAAAAGAUUAAACCGGAUAGCUAUGAAAGCGGUGAAUAGUGGCAUGAUAAUUAUCGGAGGUGGCGUGAUAAAGCAUCACAUCUGCAAUGCUAAUCUCAUGAGGAAUGGUGCGGAUUAUGCCGUUUUCAUCAAUACUUCUUCGGAAUUUGACGGUAGCGACAGCGGUGCACGACCCGAGGAAGCGAUUUCUUGGGGAAAAAUUCGAAAGACUGCUACUCCGGUUAAGGUAUGUGCUGAUGCUACUUUAGUAUUUCCAAUCUUAGUAGGAGAAACUUUCGGAAGAUAUUAUCAUUAUUCGGGGGACAAUACCAGUAAAGUAAUACCAAACAAUACUAGCUGUGAGGCAGGUGUAUAAGACAUAUAAUAAAGAGAUUUAUAAUA